UAAGGUUAGAUCCAAUUGUUUUGACUUGUUCAAAUGUUGACCUUCUGAAAUUAUUAUCUUCUAACAGCAAAAAUCCACAUUGUCACCCUAUGAAUAUCCAGUGUUUUCGCCAUGACUUCAACAAAGAUCCAGUUUUUGGUCCAAAUGACCUGCGAAUCCUGCGUAAAGGCUGUGAAACAGAGUUUGCAAAACGUACCAGGAGUCAACGACGUUGAAGUGAAUCUAAAGGAAGGUUCCGUAGUUGUGGAUAGCAUUCUUCCUACUCUGGAGGUGCAAAAAAAACUAGAGUCUACAGGACGUCCGGUUGCCAUUAAGGGGUAUGAUGGAAGCAUUGCAGCAGUCUCAAUCCUGGAAGCAGGAGAAGAAAGCAUCAAAGGCGUAGUUCGGUUUGUUCAGGCCUCUCCAAACACCUGCAUCAUUGAUGGUACCAUUGAUGGAUUGGUGCCUGGGGAGCACAGCAUUGAGGUGCAUGAAUGUGGGGAUUUGUCUAGAGGUUGUGAAAGUGUCGGCAAGCUGUUCAAUCCAGUGGGCUACGCCGGCAAAAGAAAUUAUGGGUCUUUGGGGCAAAUAACAGCAGAACGAAAUGGGAGGGCUGCCUUUCGGAUUGAGGAUAAUGUCUUGAGACUAUCAGAUGUUAUUGGACGAUCUUUGGUGGUUUCUUCGCAGGUAGUUUAUAGCCUUUGAUACAUUCAGAUAGAA